CGCCCCGUGCUAUAAAAUUCCCGGACAAUGGAGAUUAAAAUUCCAAAAAUAUCGAAGGCGGAAGCUUAAUUCUUUCCUAUUUUUCGUUCUAUAUCUAGACUGGGAUCAAAGUAAAGCACUGGAAAAAAUCAUAAACAAGUCCAUGUAGUUUGCUGUGUUGUUCUUGUAGCGGACUUAUGUAAUAUAUGUAUGUUCACCUGUUGUAUAUUUACUCAUUACCUGUGAUCUGGACAAUUUUCUAAGCAUCCUGGCCCGCGCUUGAAUAUGACUGAUGUUAGAUUUGAGGGACUACUUCAGAAACCGGGAAGAAUACCGGGACGGAAAACAAAGGUCUGGGGCGUUUUGGAUGGGAAAGAACUAUUUUUCUACAGGGAAAAUAAGAGGUCAUCUUGCAUCGGUUCGCUGGAUUUGUCUCUCGUGAGGAAAAUAGAGAAAGUGGUUCCCACAGGUAGCGAAUUUCUCAUCGACUAUGAUGGCCGAUAUGCCCUUUAUACGGCAGAGAACAGUGUGAAAUGCGACGAAUGGAUAACAUACAUUACACAAGCUACCCAGUCCCCAGGCAAAAGUAAUCAACUUCCUAUUGCUGGUCAAACCAAUGCAACAGAAACUUUCAAGCACAAAAAGACAAACGACACUACAGCAUCAAUCAAAUCCAGAACUGAGACCCUGCAACCUUCUGAAAACAACUCUGGAAGGCAAAUAACAGUUAACAAACCAUUCCCUGUUCAGAGAGAAGUUCAAAACAAACCUAGAGUGAGUGAUAAACCACAAAAACGACCAUUUUCUUACAAAAAGGAAGACAUUGACAGAUCUUCUGACAAACUGGUCAAUCUUAAGUGUGUAGAGACAGUUCAGAAAAAUGUACCUGCAAAGGAUGUCAAUUUCACAAAGCUAAAUUCUCUUUUGAAGGAAGCAGGCAAAGAAAGUGUAGAUCAAACCCCAAAGAAUUGUGUAACGAAAGUUUGCAAAGAAAAUGUCGCAAAGGAAGUCUUUCGUUCAAAUUUAAAUGUUAAAACUGAAGCAAAGUGUGAUAGUAGGAAGCCUGAAAUAGCAAAGUCCCUGAAGAAUUCUAUAACAGACAACAUUAACACAAGGAAAACUGAUAUAAAAGCGAAUUUAGGAAAUAGAAGAAGUUCUUCCCUUCCCCAAACUGAAGAAGAUACUAGCACUAGGCCAGAUUCUGGGUAUGAAACACUAGCUGGCAGUGACAAUAGAAAGAGUGUUAUCACAGAAGAGUAUGGAGAAGUUGAUAUUUCUUCUGUUGUUCUGAGAAAAAGCAGAAGAUCAAUACUAAGCAGCACCAUGAUCAAUCCAGAAUCGGAGCUUCCAAAUAUGGAGUCAGGGUCAAUUUUAAGGGUACCAAAAGAAACAAAUUGCAAGGUUUCAGACAAAGAUUCUUCUUGUGCAAGUACUCUUGAAGAAAAGUGUAUGAAAAAAGAUAAGUCUCUGCUCAGCAAUGGUGAUAUUCACAAAGACAAAAAUUCAGAGUUGGAUGAUGUUUAUGAAAAUGUAAAUACUGCAAGGGUUGAGAUAAAAGAAGAGAACAAUUCUGAGGAAGCUGAAGAAGAAGAAGAAGGAGAUUAUGUUGUACCUAGACGCAGGAAUAUUGUUAGCAAAAGAAGCACAAUGGUUGAUGUUCAUGUCCCUCAAGUUGUCAUUGAAGCUGAUGAAGACAAUGAAAAUGAUGACUAUACACAACCAUCAUCAGAAGGUGGUUUGUUAACAGAGGAACAAGAAGAUUUGUUAAUAAAUCUAACAUUUGAACCAAUUGAAGACCUUCCCUUUAAAUCUGACAAUUUACAACAUGAUAAGUUAGAUUUCUCAGAGAUCCAAGGUUUUGUAAAAGGUAGCAAAUUUCAAAGCAGGAGUUUGGUUUCUUCAGGCAAAAACCCAGUAGAGAGUUUACGCCAACUCCUUGACAAAUUGUAGGCUUUCAACCCUGAAUUCAAGUAGAAUCUCCCUGUUAGCACAGGAUGAAUCUACAACAUUCAGUGAAUUGAAAAAUGACUGUUGGUUUACUGAAUGUUGACUGAAUUGCAGAACUCAGUCAUUCAGUGAUAUAUCCAGACCAUACAAUCACCAUCAGUGUGGUGGAUCCAAGAAUCUUGAAACAUAGCCACACCCAAAUAUUGAUAUAUUAAAUAUUACGUAUAUUUUCGACACAAAAGGAGGAAGGGGGAGGGAAGGGUCCCUUCUCCAGUGACCAUACAGUUGACUGAAUGGUGAAGGUUUAUCCUGUGUUAAAUAUAGUUUAGUCUCUCUUACAUCAUAAAUUAAAAUGUAUUGAAUAUGCAUUUCGAAGACGCAAAUACAAUUUUUUGCAAUAUAUUCAUAUGUUGAAUUUGAUCUUCAAAUGUCAGUAUGUGGAGUGAAUAGACUGAAUUGAAUGUGGCACAUGUAUUUGUAUAUAAGCUUACCUAACUUUGCACUGAGGUAAUAAUUUUCAUAAGUGGAAAAGUGGUACAUGUUAAACAUAUCGUGCAGUUUACGUCCCUAUAUGAAGUGCAAGCAAAAUAUAAUAAGGAAAAUUUGCAUGGGUAAAACUUGACAGUAUGAAUAUGUUGGCUU